AUGGCCGUCGGCCAGGCGCUGCCAGUGCGCUUUCCGUGCUGGUGCAAAGCUGUGUAUUCAUGGGGAGGAGAGACCAAACGCGACCUCGGAUUCAUAGAAGGCGACCUGAUCGAAGUCCUUAAUGCCGGUGAUGGAUCCUGGUGGAUGGGCCGGUUAAAGCGCGACAGGCGCAUGGUUGGACUGUUUCCUUCCAACUUUGUCGAACUGCUCAGCGAAGACUAUCAACCAUGGGCGCGCAAUGGCAGUGGAGGAAGCAUGUCGAGGCAGAACAGUGCCCAGGAGCAGCCAAAGCCAGCACCGCAGAAGCAGAAGAGCACCUUCAGGAAGCCCUUCACGGCUUAUGCAGCUGCAGGCGCACCGAAUCCUGCUGCUGCUGCGCGAGAGAGGCUCAAGGCAGGCAUCAACUCACCAAACGGCAGUGUCAAGACCAAGUCCCCCUUCUCGUCGAUGAAGCGGUCGUCUACCGAGAGUCGCGAGAGCCCACCGCUUGCGUCUUCCACAAGAAAACAGUCAAAUCUUCGCGCCGUAUCACCACGACCUCCUUCCAAGAGAACACCCGUAACACGCGCUAUUUCACCAGCACCACCGUCACGUCACGGUUCGCAUACACGCGCACAAUCAUCUCCCGUACCGCCCGCCGACUAUCGCUACCAGCCUCGCGCCGUAUCACCAGCUCCUCCCAUCCGACGCGGCUCGUAUAUCCCACCACAAUCGCAUGCGCCUCCAGCACAAUACCAGUAUCAACCCCGUGGUGUAUCGCCUGCACCUCCUAUACAACAUCGCAACUACGCUAGAGCAGCAUCUCCAGCUCCUCCACAACAAAUACAAGACAUUCAGGACUAUUACCGGGCAGCCUCGCCAGCGCCCCCCGUCCACUACCAACAGCAUUCACGAGCUGUAUCGCCGGCACCAUCCUUUCAGUACCGAGCAUACGACCGUGGACCUUCGCCGGCACCAUCAUUCCAAGAGCGUUCACGUGCGGCUUCGCCAGCCCCUUCAUUCCAGUACCGCGCAUACGAUCGAGGUCCAUCGCCGUCUCCGUACCAGAUGCAAUUGGAUGAUGACGAGCUUAGUCGCGGCCCAUCACCCGCUCCUUACAACGAAGAAUACGAAGAAGAACCUGUGGACUCGCCUCCUCCGCCUCCGCCUCCGCAUCGCGUCGCUUACGACCCAAGCAGAGCUCCGUCACCUGCACCUCCUUCGCAUAAUGGCUUCAUCACACCAGAACCGCCUUCGCCUGAUCCAAGAGCACGCGGUGGACACUUCACACCCUCUCCUCUCACGACAGCAAUGAACGAUGUCAUGUCGUCUUUGCAGGAUAUGACAACAUCAAGAAGCGAUGAGUCGCCAGAAGAGCCUCCGACCCCAUCGAAUCCAUGGUCUCCGGAAGCGUUUGACCAAGUCUACCAGGAGUCGGCUAAAAAGGUCAGAGCGCAGUCCGCUAUGAGCCGCGGUGACGAAGACGAAGAGGAAGGUCUGCCAGAUGUUAACAAUUACAUGAAGCGCAUGGAAAGUCGUCUAAGGCGAAUGAAGCAACAAGAGCAAGCUAGGAACGGUGAGCUGUUCAUCGGCGAUGAUGAAGGGCCAACCGUACCUCUGAAAAGCUCACACCAGCGACCCGGAUCCUCGAUGGCGGAUGCUGAGCCAGAGGUUCAGCGAAAGGGCUCGAAGCUACUUAACCAUCGCAAAUCCGCCUAUAACGUUGGACGAAAUGCACUUGGACGAACGUUUACGAGCAAAACGAAUUCUACGACUACGACACACACAAGCAACAGCACCGAUCGCAGUUUGAUGUCUGGACACUCUGCUACGAACAUGAGUGCUACAAGCGCCGGGAGCUAUUACCGCAAGAAAUUUGGAAAAGAUCGACCAAAGAGCGUCAUGAACACCAAAGACACGGCUGGAAAGGGUUAUGGAUUCGACGACGGACGGCCAGAGACACCUUUCACUGGUGUCACCUAUCACUCCAGCCAUGCUUCACAGCCGCAAGCCGGUUCCAGCGACAUCCAACAAGCUGAAGUCAGCACCCCAGCCACGGACGACCCAGAUCCUCUUGGUGGACUGAGGCAGCCACUGAAGACAAAGCGCAGCGGCUUCUUCCGUAAGAUGAUCGACACUGCGAAGACCCAAGCCGCGAAUGCACGCAGCACCAUCGACACAAUAAGUAGGCCGGGAUCCCGGGCUGCCAGCCGAGCUGCUGGUCGUUCCCAGAGUCGCGCCGCAAGCCGCCUGGAUAACUCCGAACCGACUGGCAUAGAAGGGGGCAAAUCGACCCACGCGGUGAAGGAAUCUAGGGAUACCGGCCUUGGAACGGUAGAUUGGGUGCAGGUCCGGCGGGAUGUAAAUCGGUCCAACUCACUAAGCAAGAACGAGCGAACAGAGCGAGCCGAAAGAUGCCAGAUGAUGGACAUUCCUGUUUUGAACCCCAUUGAGAUCCUGUAUGAGUCGGCUGAGGGCGACGAGGGUCUUGAUGGUCUUCCCAUCACUGAGCCUACUGAUUUCGCGGCUUGCAGUCUUGCUCAUGUUGACAAGAGCGCGCGCUUCAUCAACAGCAUUCCUCUUGGAACGAACCCAGCGACUUUGGCACAAGGCUAUGUUUGUCGACCAUACCGAAGCGAUAUUCAACGAUUACGAGCUAUCUUCACAUGGGUCAGCGAGCGCAUAUCGUGGGAAGAAGAUUUUGAGGGUCAGAUGGAUCCGAAACACGUACUUCAAAGCAAGCGCGGAUGCUCUGAAGAAAUCGCCAUGGUCGUGGCAGAGAUGUGUGCUUCUGUUGGAAUGCACGCUGAAGUUGUCCGUGGCUAUCUCAAGACACCAGGCGAACCCUUGGACCUAGAGAGCGUCGCGCGGCCGAAUCACUUCUGGAACGCUGUCAUUGUAGAGGGUGAGUGGCGCAUAAUGGACUGCUCCCUUGCUGGGCCGACAAACCCAAAGCGAGUUCACUACUCGACUGCGGGAUCAUCUGUGGCCGAGACAUGGUACUUCCUUGCUCGCCCAAUGGAGAUUUGCUACUCUCACGUUCCACUCCUUCCGGAACAGCAACACAUCUGCCCACCUCAGCCACACGAGGUGCUGAUGGCACUCCCGUGUGCAACACCCGCUUACUUCCGACAUCAUCUCAACGUAGUCAACUUCGAUACUAGUCUCUUGAACCUAGACAACCUUGAGAUGGCGCAUGUCUACGUUGACGUACCAGAGGAUGUAGAGUGUGUUGCGGAGGUUGAGGCACGAGCCUAUGAUCAAGACAUGGACGGUGAUCUUUUUGAGAGCGGCGAGAUUGUGAGGAAGCCGGCAUUGGCACAAGCCGAAUGGUACAGUGGCCAGAAGAGAUACACUGUUAAGGCCCUUCUUCCGAACGAUGGUGGCCAGGGUGUCCUGAAGAUCUAUGCAGGACCCCGGGGACUUAUGCACUCCAACAAGCUGAACCCUCACAACCUGGCAAUCGGCCUUCCUUUGACGCACACCGGCACCAAUCCUCCGUAUUCGUUCUUGACUCUGCAUCCUACGCCUCAUGCCCAACGACACGAUCUAUACGUCGCCCAGCCGCAGUGCGCUAAUCUGGCCCUCAACAACACUUUUGUCUUCUGCGUCCGCCAACAUCCGUCAUCCCUUACAAAAUCCCCCGAACCUAGUCCCGCGAUGCAUGGCCGAGCAUCGCCAAAUCCUUUUGCUCGCCCUACAUCCGCUAUGAGCAUGCAGAGUAUCUCAGCAACUGGAUCCAACUACACGAACCCAUCUCAAAGUUCUUCUGGAUCAUCAGGUAGUAGUAGCAACAAGCCUGCCAAGCUAGCCGUACAAACACCUUCUGGCAAGAUUAUACGCCUGACUAGAAAGACGGAGCAUAUUAGCAGUACUAACGAUGCUGAUGGUACGGCUUGGGAAACGGUCAUUAAGAUUGGAGAAAAGGGCACAUGGCGAGGUCUGGUCCUUGCUGAUCGAAGCGCAAGGUGGUGUGUUUUUGCUCAAUGGGAGUGUGCUUGA